UAUGUAAUAAACAGCAGCUCAGUUCAUGAUGGCCUACAUGCUGUUUAACAUUUGACCACAGCUACACAGGACUUGCAGUCAGCUUGCUAAAGAAGUGUUCAGACAUGGUUCGACGUGUGGCGGUGGUUGGAGCAGGGAGUUCAGGCCUGGUCUGUAUCAAGACCUGUGUGGAGGAGGGCUUGGAGCCGGUCUGCUUUGAAAGUAGUGAUGACAUUGGUGGCCUGUGGAAGUUUAAGGAGACACUAGACCCAGAGCGAUCCAGCAUCUACCGUUCCUUGGUGGUCAACACCUCUAAAGAGAUGAUGUGUUUCAGUGAUUUCCCCAUGCCUGCUGACUACCCAAACUACAUGCACAACUCCCAGCUGCUACAGUACUUCAGACUUUACGCUGAGCACUUUGACCUGCUCAGAUACAUUAACUUUCAGACCUCAGUGAGGAGUGUUACACAAAGGCCAGAUUUCUCCGUGUCAGGUCAGUGGGAAGUGCUAACCAUAAACAGCAGUGGUCAGGAAGAGAAGCACGUCUUUGACGCGGUUCUGGUGUGUUCAGGUCACUACACACACCCAGCCCUGCCCUUGUCUGAUUUUCCAGGACAUGACACUUUUUCUGGCAGGUGUUUUCACAGCUGGGAGUAUAAAGACGCGGACGCCUGCCGUGGAAAGAGGGUGGUGGUGGUCGGCAUUGGGAACUCUGGAGGAGAUAUUGCUGUAGAGAUUAGUAGAUCUGCCCAGAAAGUAAGACGGAAAUUGUUAAAACUACAAGACCCACAGCUCUUGUGUUUACACCCAGCCUUUUUGUCUUCCCAGACAUUUCUCAGCACACGCGAGGGGGCCUGGGUGAUCGGCAGGAUGUCCCACAGUGGCCUUCCUCUGGACAUGACAGGCAUCACCAGGCUCAACAACAUCCUCACACAGCGUCUCCCCAAGGCCUUGGUCAACUGGGUGGCAGAGAGAGCGCUGAACCAGAAAUAUGACCACAGACUGUACGGCCUCAAACCCAGACACAGACUUUUGGACAGAAGGCCUUUGAUCAAUGAUGACCUUCCUGGUCGUGUUCUUCAGGGGGCACUAGUCAUGAAGCCCAAUCUAAAAGGCUUCAAGGAAUCGGGAGUAGUGUUUGAAGAUGGCACAGUAGAGGAGGACAUCCAUGCUGUGGUCUUUUGUACAGGUUAUAAAGGAAACUUUCCAUUCCUGCCCUCAGCUUUGUCUGAAGGUCCUAAUGGAGAGUUGACAUUGUACAAGAGACUGUUUCCUCCGUCCCUCCAACAGCCCACAUUGGCCAUCAUGGGUCUUUUCCAAACAAAAGGACCAAUCAUGCCCAUAGUGGAAAUGCAGGCACGGUGGGCGGUUAAGGUCUUUACAGGUGUGAGCUGGCUUCCGCUUAAGGAGAAAAUGCUGGAAGUCACUGAGUCAGAGAGAAGCAGAUACAUGAAAAGCUUUAAGUGCCCACGAGCAGCUGCUCUGCAGGUGGAAUACAUCUCAUACUUGGACUUCAUGGCUGAGCAGAUAGGUGUUCGACCAAACCUCCUGACCCUACUACUAAGAGACCCUGUGCUCUGGGUGAAGGUCUUCUGUGGUCCGUGCACUCCUUAUCAGUAUCGCCUCACUGGGCCUGGACAGUGGGCUGGUGCCCGACACGCCAUCCUCACUCAGUGGGAGCGGGUUUCUCAGCCGUUCAGGACCAGAGCAGUUCCUGAACCUGAGAAAGGAACAUCCAUCCUGGGUUCUCCCUGGCUGCUGGCGCUAGGAGGAGCUGUUGUAAUGGCUGCGCUUUUGUCGAAAACCGAGAUCAUCGCCACACUACAAGGAGCCGCUCAGAGUGUGAACAGAACCGCGUUUGUCCUGAGAGACGUGUGGUAUGCUGUUUGAUUACCAAAAAAAAAUGUACGAAUGGUACUCUAUCGUAUCACUGUAUUUCAGUGAUUUCUUUUUGUGUUUGCAUGAAGAGGUGAGAGACAGACAGCCUCUCACGUUUGAUGCACUGCACAGAUGCUCUAGUGUAAUAAACUGAAAUCAUAAAAUUGUGAAAAGUAUUUCUGGCAGCUGUGUCAGUUCCAAAGGUCAGUGUCAUUUGCAAACCAUCAAACAGUACAUAGAAGAUUUCCAACUGAGGCUCAGGAAAAGCAUUGACGCGGACAUGAAAGCAGAACUACAGAAAAAAAAAACCCAUAAUGAACAGGUCUGUGGUCCCAACAAGACACAACUCUUAUGCAGCAUCGAAGUUAAAGAGAAAAAUUGUGAAGAGAUUAAGUAUUUUUCUGUACACUGGUGAAGCGUGAGCAGAAUAUUACAAGCUAAAUAUUUAAUAUGAUUACAUUAAAUGUACUGUAUGGUGACACAUCAUAGGAGCUUUUUUGUCUGCAGUUUUUAAAACCGUCCAUCUGAUGUGGAUACAAACACCAUCAAAUGGCUCUUUUUAUAUUAUCUUUUUCAUACCCUUUCAAUUCAGUGUUUCAUUAUUAGAUUGUUUAAGUUUAUGUUAACAAACGAUUUCACACUUACAUGUAAAAUACGUAUUUUUGUGUUUCCCAUAAAGAUUAAAAUGAGAAAUUUGAAA